AGUGUGGUAGCCACAAGUUGAGGAACACACUCUCAAUAUAAUCCUCCUGUGUUAUCAUUUCUCAUCCACCCGGUUCUCUCGAUCUUGGUCACUGUAGAACAACAUACACACACAGAGACAAAGAAACCUUAUUUCAAUGGAAUCUGUUCUGAGCCACGUUGGUGCAGGUUUCUGCCAUGGCAUAACCCCAUUGAAAAGGGGAAUUACAGCUACCCAUUUCAACCCUAGUUCCUUCAGUGGUGGUGUUGAUUGCAGGAAACCAAGGCGUGUGGUGCUGGUGAAAGCAGAAGCAGAGGGUGUUGGCAUAAACCCAGAUAUCAGGAAGACUGAAGCGAAAGUGGUUGACUCUGUUGUGAUCACUGAACUUGCCAAGCCCCUCACUGCUUAUUGCAGAUGUUGGAGAUCAGGGACUUUUCCACUUUGUGAUGGAAGCCAUGUAAAGCACAACAAAGCCACUGGGGAUAAUGUUGGACCUCUUCUUUUGAAAAAAUAAAAUUGUGAUGAUUUUAGCUUGUGAUAUUUAAGAAAUAAAAUUUGCAAUCCAUGCUUUUUGUGGACGAGACUUGGUGCAUGUUUGGAUACAAAUUGAGUGUAAUGUGAACAAUUCACUUUUUACAACAUCCGUUUGCUCUUAUGAUAACGAAUAUCCAAACAUAGCCUUCUUGAA